UCAAAAGUAGAGAACUCGACAUUCGCAAGGUUGAAAAGCUUGGGGCGUUGCUUGAGACUUGAAAAUUCGAACUUGAAAUUGAAAAGAUUGCAGAUAUUUGAACAAUCAAAACGCCGGCCGGACGCCGUAUCUCUUCUUCGGAAUUUUUGCGUUUUUCGUGUCAUUAUAGGUACAUACCACUCUAGUUCGAGUUAGAACUCACUAAGUUAGAUUCCCUCGUCGUGCCAAGUUGAUACCGGACAAGAUCCACGAUGGAGUUUCUGUGCUUGGUGACUCUAGCAAUAUUUGUAGUGUUUACUUCAUUCCUAAUCUCCAAGAUCAGGAAGUUACUCAAACCAAUAAAGGCUCCUACAUUAGAUCUGGAUGAAUAUUGGGGGCCGGGCAAGAAAUCAGAUUACAAGGAAAACACGGAAGUUGUGAAAUAUGAAAUCUCUUUUCCAGACGAGACAAUCGAAACUUUGAAGAACGAUUUAAAGAAAACAAUCAAAUUGCAAACUCCUCUUGAAGGUAUUGGGUUUGAAUAUGGAUUCAACACGGUCUACUUGCAAAAGGUCAUAAACUAUUGGCGAGAUGAAUACCUGCCUAAGUGGAAAGAACGGGAGGCCUUUUUGAGGAAAUGGCCACAUUUUACAACCAAUAUACAAGGGUUACGCAUCCAUUACAUUCACACCCGAUACGAAGAUCCACCAAAAGGAAAGAAAGUUUUUCCAGUUCUACUUCUCCAUGGUUGGCCUGGAUCCGUACGAGAAUUUUACGAUUUGAUACCAUUACUAGUUGAGAACGCUGACAGCAAAUAUGCAUUUGAAGUUGUGGUUCCAAGUUUACCUGGGUACGGCUGGUCAGAGGGUGCAGCUAAGCCAGGACUUAGUACAACUGAAAUGGCUAUUAUAUUCCGCAACCUAAUGAUGCGUUUAGGCUACCGGAAGUUCUUCGUUCAAGGAGGUGACUGGGGUUCAUUGAUUGGAUCAAAUAUCGCCACGCUGUUUCCGGAGGCGGUUUUGGGUUAUCAUUCUAACAUGUGCGGGGCUAACAGAUUCCGCUCAAUGAUCAAAAAGACCAUUGCUAGUUUCUAUCCAAAACCCUUCGUUCCGGAGGGAUAUGAGGAUUUUUUCUUCCCACAGUCGGAAAAGUUCAAGUAUCUUAUUGAAGAAACCGGAUAUUUGCACAUCCAAGCUACAAAGCCAGAUACAAUUGGAAGUGCACUAAUGAAUAAUCCCGUUGGUCUAGCCGCUUAUAUUUUGGAGAAAUUUUCAACAUGGACAAACAAAGACUACAGAAAACUAAGUGAUGGAGGCUUGGCGAAAAAGUUCACUCUGGACGCCCUGCUGGAUAACAUUAUGAUCUACUACUUGACAAAUUCAAUCACAACAUCUCAACGCCUUUAUGCGGAGAGUUUCACUGCGCGUGCUCGAGCACUUCAAUUGGAUCGUGUUCAAACAAUCGUACCAACAGGAUGUGCCCGUUUUAAACAUGAUUUAUCCCAUGAAUUGGACUGGACUCUAAAGGAUAAGUAUACAAAUCUUAUCCAUAGUACAUAUCAUAAAGACGGUGGUCACUUUGCUGCAUUUGAAUUGCCCAAAGUGUUGUAUAAAGAUUUCAUUGAUUUUGUCGAUAAAGUUGUUAAAUUGGAUAAUUUGUAAGUUUUUAGUCGUACUGUUAUACUGAACAAUAAAGCUUUUCAUUGUGUUA